UGUAUUAUUUGUGACUGAAAUAUAAUACUGUGCAUACAUUUGUAUUUCUUUGUUGAGGUUAAAUUGUAUAAACUCGAUGUGAUUUGGACAAGUGGGUGGAAUCCUUGUUGAGUUCAUAUUUGAUAAUACUUUCUUCCUUUAUUUUCUGUAUGUUUACAUAUGAAGAAGAAUGGACGGAGAAAUUCAGGGUAGAACAAAAGACCAACAGCGUUCGAGUUCAGUGUCGAUUUCAUCGGACUUCGAAGUCGAUCAUCCACCUGAUAACCAAGAGGAGGAUGACAUAAAAGACAUAAAAGAAAACGAAGAUAGCUCUACUGACACAAUUCCUACGUGUAACGACACCAAAUCAGAAUCAGGGAUGGUUAGUGCUAAACCUAAAGGUGUAGGAUUAUUGAAAAAAUUGUUCAAAAUUCCUUUCAAAUCUUCAGAUGUGGAAUCUGAAUCAGCAGCUUCAGCUUCAGUCUCUAAAAGAUACAGAGGUUUGCAAAUAUUCGAUAAGCCGAUGCAUUUGAUAGCAGCCAACAUAGAAGGAAUGUUUGAAGUAAACGAAGAGGCUUUGACCCAAAUCAAAAAGAUAGAUUCUCCGUUGGUUGUCGUUUCAAUAGCUGGAUUGUAUCGAACGGGUAAAUCGUACCUAAUGAAUCGCCUUGCCGGGUCUAAUACGGGGUUUCAACUUGGAAAUACUAUACAGUCUGAAACGAAGGGUAUUUGGGUUUGGUGCAGACCCCAUCCAAAGCAUAAAGGGCAUGUCCUUUUGCUUCUGGAUACGGAAGGACUUGGUGACGUUUCAAAGGGUGACGUUGGACAUGAUAAUAAGAUAUUCACACUAGCUUCAUUGCUCUGCAACAUUCUGGUCUACAAUAUGAUGUCAGCCUUCAAUCAAGAUGCGGUAGAAAAAUUGACAUUCAUAACUGAAAUGUCAAAAAACAUAUCUUUCAAGAGCAGAUCGAAGUUAGAUCAACGUGAUGGAGAAGAGCUUGCUCUAAUUCUACCAACAUUUGUUCUUUGUCUGCGAGACUUCACGUUGUUAUUAGAAAAAGAUGGUGUGCAGAUAAGUGCAGAUCAGUAUCUCGAACAGUGCCUCGAAGAGAAACCUGGGAAAGCCUCAACAGAGGACAAAUAUAAUAGACCAAGAGAAUGCAUCAGAAAAUAUUUUCCAAGACGUAAAUGCUUUACGUUUGAUAGGCCUGGCAGUAGAGAUGUAAUACAACGUCUAGAUAAAACAAGUGUCAAGGAAUUAUCAAAAUCGUUUCUGGAGGAGUCAGAGCUGUUCGUUCAGUAUGUGUACGAAUGCAAAGGAAAAGCUUUAUUAACCAGCAAGACUGUGAACGGAAUAAUGUUCGCAUCAUUGGUAGAGUCAUAUGUGCACGCAAUACGUAAUGGGGAAGUUCCAGAUGUAGAUGAUGCAAUAACUGUUGUUUCUAAGUUAGAAAACAAAAGAAUGGCAGACGUUGCGGUAGAAACAUUUACACGUCAUCUGAAAAGUAUCCAACUUCCAGUUUUGCAUACGGAGAAAUUUCAUCAACUCUAUCAAAACAUACAAAAUUUAUCCCUGUCGGAGUACAGGUUGAAUGCAAUGUUUGAUUCUGAAUCCUUUGAAAAAGAGGCUAUUAAACAAAUGGAUGAAUUGUGGAACAGUGUUUCAAAGGAAAAUACAGAGUUAGUACGAUCACAUUGUUCUUUCCUGCUAAAGCAAAUAUUCGAAAAUUUGGUAGGGAAAAAACAGAAAAGCGGCAAAUACCAUGUGCCUGGUGGUUACACAAAAUACAAAAUGGAUCUUGAGGCCAUGAAAUCAGAGUACAAUCACAAAACAAAAGACAUUGAACUGUAUGAGGCUCAAAGUGUGUUACACUUCUUCCUAGCGGAGGAAACUGCAAACGAAAAGCAUAUCCUGUUUGAAGAUCAAAAACUCACAGAUGUGGACAGAAAACAUGAACUGGAAAAAAUGCAAGCAGAAAAUCAGCAGGCGCAAAAGAAGCGACAAACGCUGUACGAAAACAUUCUAAAAGAUGAAAGAGAGAGUCAUCAAACUCAGUUGGCUAAACUGGCAUUGGAACGGCAAGAAAACUCGAAGCAGGAAGCGGAGAAAAUGAAUAUCUUAAUGGAUAAAUGGAAAGAUCAAAUGAAAAUCAGUGAAAAGCAGAUCCAAUUGAUGACCACAGAAAAUGAACAACAGAAAAAACAAUUUGAAAUUGAAAUUAACAAAUUAAAGGAACAGAAUCUUAUUCGCGAAAACGAAAAUGAAGAACGGUUCAAGAAGUUACUUGAAAACGAACAGAAACAAUAUAAAAUGCACCUAGAUGAUAUGAUGAAUGCAAUGAAGGAUUUGGCUGAAAUUGAAAGGCAAGUAUCUGAAAAGUACGAAAAAAGGUUUAAGAUGUUGCGAAAAAACAUGCAGAAGAAGCAAGAAGAGUUAAAUAACCUGCAUGAAAAGGAACUAACUUCAAUGAAAGAUGAGUUAGAAGCACUUAAAACUGUGGGGAAAGAGGAAAACAAAGCAAAAGAACGAUUUGAACGAGAAAGAGAUGCAGCAAAAAGAGAAAAAGAACGCUUUAAGCAAGAGAAAGAUGAAGAAAGAAGAAAAAGGGAAAUGUUAGAAAAGGCGUUAAAUGAGGAAAGAAACAAAUAAGACUAAAAAAAACUGGAGAAAAUUUAGGAAACAGAAGAAGACGAAAGGUUGACAUGAGAAGAUUAAAGUUCAAAAGAAUACAAUGUCAUAAUGAUGAAAAGUAAAUCAAUUAGAAAUUAUAACAGUUUAAAAAAAAGAUAGAAACAGCUGCUCUAACAACUGUAUUUACACCUCUAGAUCCUAUGAUGUGUUUAUAUUUAUGUCUCCCACCAAACAGUUGUGUGGGAGACAUAUUGAUUUACUCCUGUGUGUGCGCGUGCGCGUGUGUGUGUAUGUAUGUGUGUGUGUGUGUGUGUAUGUCUGUCUGUCUGUCUGUUACAAAGCUUGUCCGCACUCUAAGUCGAACAUUUCUCAUCCGAUCUUCACCAAACUUGAACAAAAUGUGUUUGCCAAUAAGUCCUCGGCCAGACUAGCCAAAUCGGCCAAAGCACUUCGGAAUUAUGGCCCAUGAAACUUGUUUUUGAUAAUCAAAGCACUCAAAGUCAGAUAAGGCAGUUGAGGUCUUAGUGCUUGGUUGUCUCAUACACUACUAUUCAGAUGAUUAGUUGUUGGAGACAUGCGCUUUUCUCAAAAGCAUCUCUGGUUUGUUACAUGGUGGUAUAAUUUUUGGCCUAAUAACUAUUUUUGAAUAAUGUUUUAUACUUGUUCUUUUAUAUUACAAGUAUGGUUUAGAUAGGUCCCUUAAUAUUGUGUUAAAGAAAAGCCGUUAGUUUGUUUUAAAAAGAAUCGGAUCCUUUAUGUUUUAACAUUUAUUCACAAAACCAUACAGUUUCGUAACAUGCCAAGUAUAUGAAAUUAUAACAGAGUUACCUACGCUGAACUGUCGCAAAGUAAAACUUCGCAGGCUACAUAUAUCAUAGUUAUAUCAUAUUUAUUUGUUCAUGUACUAUUCAUGAUUGAUUGUAUAUGUAAAAACUACAUCUGACAUACAUGUAUGACGAGUUUUAUCAGUGUUCGUACUGCAAUUCGAAAUUUCUUUGACAUUUUUGAAUUUCCAGACUCAAGUAAGAAAGAAAAUUAAAACAAAAGUGCAAUGUGAUUGCAUGAUGUUACGCGCCUAAUCACCUCAAACUGACUAUCAAUGAGCAUGUUGAACUAUGAGUUAGAAGGAAGUAACACAUCCAGGUAAAUGGAGUUAAUUUCUAAUAUAAAGAAGCAUCGUCGUUUUACGCGCAUUAUAACGCAAAGGUACUUUGUAGCUGAAAAGGCGCUGACCGCCCAUAGAAAUUGCAAUAUUAAUUUUGAUGUGUGACGUAACGUUGCAAUUCCGCCCAGUAGCCGUACAUGGUGUGUCCCAGUACACUGUCUCUCAAAAAUAAACUAAACUAUCUUAUAUAUGUUGCAAUAUAUAAAAUAGCAGAGGAUAAAAAGUCUAGAAAUCAGUAUGAGUAUGAACAUACAGAAACAACGCUCGGUCGCUUUUUCAUUGUUUCUAAGUUUUGAAGGUUGUCUAAUUACAUAUAGAAAUUUAUUAUUUAUUUUGGUUCAGUUUUUAUUGUUGCUUACACAUGUUACAUGUAUUAUAAUAUUUGAUCAAUGGUUUGAUGUGGUUGCGGGACUUUGAAUUUGUAUUUUUUAUACUUUUUUCAGUGUAUCAUAUUCUGUAAUUUCUUUAUUUGUGUAUCAUUGUAAUAGUAUGUCUUCCAAAUUAUGCCUAUUCUGCUAAUUUUUCUGCUGGCUAUGAAUGUUUAGUAAAUUUGCAUGUAUAUCGAUUGUUCAAGCUUGUAGAUUGUUCAAAAUUUGGGAGGAGACACGUUUAAUGUCAGUGGCCUACAACUGGUUUAUAUUAGCGGGACAUUAUAUCAUCCCAUUAAGUAUGAAAAAGUAUAAUAUAAUGAAAACGAUAUGCAAAAUUAAUGUAGAAAAAAUAUUCAGUCAAUUCAACGGGGAAAGUUACAUAUUGUCUCUUUUUAUACUCAGAUCGAAUAUUCGUUAUAAGAAUAUUACUAUUAUUAGUUUAUUAUAUAAUUCAUUUGUAUUAUCUUCAUAUUUUCCUGUAACAAAAGAUGAAGGCUUAAGUGUGUUCCAUUCCUUUCUUCUUUAAUUCGACGAAUAAAACAGAGAGCACAUUUCAAAAACACUGCGAUACGAUAUUCUCCUCCGGCAAAGCGAGGGUAAUAUGAAAACCAAUUUUUGAAAAAAAAUAAUCUUCCCGCCUAUGUUACAGUACGUUUGUACGACAUUUAAGCAGAAUAACUGUAAAUGUUACAGUGCAUUGCAAUAUGGAGUUUCGGACCAUAACACAAUUAUAGUUGUGUUGAGGUCUUUUUCUUGUAUACCUACACUGUUCGGUAGAUUAUGUUUAUAUUUUAGUAGUUAAUGUAGGUCUUAAUAUGUGCUGAACGCAUUAUAACAUAAUCCAAUAGACAACGGAUUCAUAUCCGUGUGACUGCUUAAACUUACAAUUUCAGUGUUGCGAAUAAUAAAGAAUACUCAUGCUAGGAAACAAGAGGGAUGAAAUUGCAAUCAACUGUUGUGUUUGAAUGAAAACAGCUGGAAUUCUUUCUUUGUUUGAAAAUGUGUCAUUUGGCACAGUUUUGCUUAUGGGAUUGUUUACAUCGUUGAAACUAAUUCUUUACUUGAGAUUUAAUGAUGAUAAUUAACACACAUAGUUUAUGUGACAGUAUGUUUCUUCAGCUGAAAUACAGUUGAGUCAGUUUUACAUUCGAAAAUUUUUAUUAUGAAUAAACGUUUUUGUGUAUUCGUGAGGAUAGACCCGCUGUCAAAGUUAAAUCACAAGAUUAGUUAAAAAUAAUGACUUUUGAGCAGAUCAGCAACUUUCGAUAGUCAUAAUAGCUAUUCUUGUAUUUAUUGAUGCUUAUUGAAAACUUUGAAGUUCUGUGCCUCCGAUACUCGUGCUUUUAACACUGCAUUUUGGGUGUUAACAAAAGAGCUCUCUUCUAGGCUGUUUAGUAACACACCCUGAAAAAAAGGCUAACAUUGCCAAGAUUUACAAUAAAACAUUUUUUUAAUUAAG